CGCAUAGUACCAGCGCGUCGCUCUCCGACGGCGCACGCGCAUAUCGCUGAUACCACGCCGCGCUAUAAAAGGGUGCGCGCCCUUUCAGCCACCCACUCUCACGCUACUACUUCUAGUAGAAGGAUCUUUGGUGUUAACUCAGUUGGUGCCAACAGUCGUCCAAAAUGUCCGCGGAUCAUGUGGAAAGGCUGCUCCGGCACGCAGCUGACGAUACUGAGGGGGUCGUUCUGGCCAAAGGGGUGUCCAUGAUCGUGCUUUUCUGUGCUUCCAUGAUCUGUGGUCUGGUCCCUCUACUCCUGGCUAAGAAGUUCAACUGGCUGUCGGCUGAAGAUGCAUCAAACCUGAAGUCCACCAACAGGGUCGUGAUGACCCUGCUCUCAUUCGGUGGUGGUGUACUGCUGUCCACAACGUUCAUGCAUUUGGUGCCUGAAGUCCAGGAGAAUGUGGAAUACCUUCAGAGCACUGGCGCCCUAAAUGAGUUCGACUUCUCCCUGACCCCUUUGCUGACAUGCUGCGGCUUCUUCAUCAUGUACUUGGUGGAGGAACUGGUUCACAUGUACAUUCACCACAGGGAGAGGAAGAACGGCCGCGCGGCUCCUCUCGUGAGGAACCUCAGUGUCCGCCAGAGUAGGAGCGGAGUUUCCAACGGAGAGAAGAGUGUUAACAACUCCACUGCUGAUCUUGUUGAACCAAAAAAGGAUCUUGAAAGUCAUCAACACAACGGCCAUGGUCACUCUCACCACCACAGCCACAUGCCGAUGAACGUGGGCGAUGACGUCACAUCCGCCCUGAGAGGACUGCUCAUCGUACUCGCUUUGUCUAUCCACGAGCUGUUCGAAGGCUUGGCUGUCGGCUUAGAAUCCAGCACUUCUCAUGUUUGGUACAUGUUGGGAGCUGUUUCAGCCCACAAGCUAGUCAUUGCCUUUUGUAUUGGUGUGGAGCUCAUCGCCACUCGUACCAAGACUUGGCUUAUGAUUGUGUACAUCACUACCUUCGCCAUUGUUUCACCCUUGGGUAUUGGUAUCGGUCUCCUACUGGUUGGAGGUGGAGGUGCCACGGCUGCCGGCAUCUCAUCAGUAGUGCUGCAAGGUCUUGCGUCAGGAACCCUGCUCUACGUCAUCUUCUUUGAAAUUUGGAAAGGCGAUAGAACAGGAAUACUGCAAUUCAUCGCAUCUGUGGUCGGAUUCUUCAUCAUGUUCGGAUUACAGUUACUGACCGGUCAUUCGCAUAGUCACACACACUCACACAAUGUGCUAACAGACGGCGGUGACGGUGAUUCUCUCAUCGAGGGUGACCACGGACAUUCCCAUGACUAAACACAAUCAUAAGAAUACCAACGAUCGCUCUUCGUUAUAUGUAUAUAAGUGAAACAUUAACUUAAUUAAUAAGUGUUGACCAAAAUGACAUUAAACUGUUGUAUCUAUGUGAUAAAUUAUUAACUGUAAAGAUUUAGUAUUAAGUUAACUUAAACUAUGUGUACUUAAAAAUGUUAAAAUAAGGGUAAAGACGCGGUUACAGGAGCUCAGGAUUUAUUGUUAAUUUCGGAUACUCGCUUAAGUUUAAGAAAUAGGUGUUGCCAUUAGUCGCUGCAGGUAACUCAUUCCCUGAUGUCGAAAGAAGUAAAGUAAUUAAGAAAAUAUUAGUAAAUAAUAUAGCACUAGCGAGAUUCCGAAACAAACGAACUUCUAGUCAUCAGCUACACAAAAAUACUAACAUUUUAGAUGUAUUGCCCCAUGAAACAAAAUAUAAUGCACA